UCCGGCGUCAUGGCGCCGCAGUCAGCACCCGCCCCGCGUUGCGGAGAAACAUACCGUCGGUCGCGACCUUUCUCUUUGACUUCUGUCGGCCCUGGGCUGCGUGGGAAGGAACCUGGGCGACCCUCAAGUCCCACAAUGGUGACGCAGGCAGUGACCUUUGAGGAUGUGGCUGUGAACUUCACUUUGGAGGAAUGGGUUUUGCUGAAUUCAUCCCAAAAGAAGCUCUACAGAGAUGUGAUGUCAGAGAUAUUUAAGAACUUGGCUGCUAUAGAACCAAACUGGAAUGGCCAGCAAAUUGAAAAUCAGUGCAAAUGUUGGAGGAGAAAUCUAAGAAGUGAAGAGAUAGAGGAAUGGUGUCAAUAUAAAUUAUGGUAUCAACAUGAAGACAUGUUUUUUGGGACUCCAGAUCGUAAUGUGAACAUGAAACCACUUUUUACAGAACCAACUGAAAGGAUUACUUGUAGAAAUCGCCUAAUUCUUCCGUCAUCACUAAAUGUGCCUUUCAUAACUCACACGGCACUCAAAUCAUAUGAGUAUCAGAAAUUUGAAGAGAAGCUGUCUAACAAAAAUGAACAUGGGGAAACCUACAGAGAUUUCCAGUCCUUUCAGAAGGAUGCAAGAACAAACCCUAGAGAGAAAACCUAUGAAUGUAAGCAAUGUGAAAAAUCCUUCUCUGAUUGCAUUAAAGAAACUCAUAUUGGAGAGAAGCCCACUGUAUGUAAACAAGAUGCUAAAGCCUUCAGUACAACCAGUUAUUUUCAAAUUCAUGAAAAUAAUCACAGUGAAAUGAAUGUCUCUGUAUGUAUACAAACUGGAAAAGCUUUUAAUUCUCACCGCAGUGUUCAAAUACAUGAAAGGGCUCACACUGGAGAAAAACCCCAUGUAUGUAAACAGUGUGGGAAAGCCUUCACUAAUAACUCUUCUUUUUGCAGACAUGAAAGAACUCACAAAGUGGAGAAACAUUAUGUAUGUAAGCAGUGUGGAAAAGCCUUUACUGAUAGAAGUUCAUUUUGUAGACAUGAAAGAAGUCACACUGGAGAGAAACCCUAUGUAUGUAAACAGUGUGGGAAAGGUUUCAGCACACACAGUUAUUGUCAAAAACAUGAAAAAAUUCACAAAGGUGAGAAACCCUAUGUAUGUAAACAAUGUGGGAAAGCUUUCAGCACACAGAGUAAUUGUCAAACUCAUGAAAGAAUUCACACGGGGGAGAAACCUUAUGUAUGUAAGCAGUGUGGGAAAGCUUUCAGGCAACACAUUCAGUGUCAGAUACAUGAAAGAACUCACACAGGGGAGAAACCUUAUGUAUGUAAGCAAUGUGGGAAAGCAUUCCUUUAUUACAGCUCCUUUUGUAAACAUAAAAGAAUUCACACUGGGGAGAAACCCUACGUAUGUAAACAGUGUGGGAAAGCAUUCACUUAUGAUAGUUCAUUGCGUAAACAUAAAAUAAUUCACACUGGAGAGAAACCCUAUGUAUGUAAGCAGUGUGGGAAAGCAUUCCCUUAUCACACUUCGUUUCAUAAACAUAAAAGAAUUCAUACUGGGGAGAAACCCUACAUAUGUAAACAAUGUGGGAAAGCAUUUGCUUAUGACAGUUCAUUUUAUAAACAUAAAAGAAUUCACACAGGGGAAAAACCCUAUGUAUGUAAGCAAUGUGGGAAAGCUUUCAGUACACUCAUUCAGUGUCAAAGCCAUAAUAGAACUCACACUGGGGAGAAACCAUAUGUAUGUAAACAGUGUGGAAAAGCAUUCACCUAUGACAGUUCACUCUGUAAUCAUAGAAGAAUUCACACUGGGGAGAAACCCUAUGUAUGUAAGCAAUGUGGGAAAGCUUUCAGCAAGCGUGAUUAUUGUCAAAUACAUGAAAGAAUUCACACUGGGGAGAAACCCUAUGUAUGUAAGCAAUGUGGGAAAGCUUUCACCAGUCACAGUAAUUGUCAAACACAUGAAAGAUCUCACACUGGAGAGAAACCUUAUGUAUGUAAGCAAUGUGGGAAAGCAUUUCCUUAUUAUAGUUCAUUUUACAUACAUAAAAGAAUUCACAGUGGAGAGAAACCAUAUGUAUGUAAGCAAUGUGGGAAAGCUUUCUCUUAUUACACUUCAUUUUAUAAACAUAAAAAAAUUCACGUGAGAGUGAAACCCUAUAUAUGUAAGCAAUGUGGGAAAGCAUGCAGUACACAUAGAUAUUGUCAGAUACAUGAAAAAAAGCCACACUAUUGAGAAACAUGUAUGCAAGUAAUGUGAAAAAGCCUUCAGUUAUUCCAGUCAUCAUAGGCUUUAAGAAAGUCACAGAAGAAAAUUAACUGUGAAUUUAUGCUGUGGCUUACACUGACAUGAAAAGACUCACAGUGAGGGGAAGCCCUUUGGUAAGAAUGUGGAAAAUCUUCACUACACGCAACUAUCAUUACAUUCAUGGAAGCAUUCAUAGAGGAGAAAAUCUGAACAUAGAUGAGCCAUAUGAAAAAUGCAUUUUUCCCAGUGCAUUCAAAUACAUGAAUUCAUGUAAGAAAGAAGCCAUGUGUGAUAUCAUUGGGGAAAACCUUUCAAUUCUUCCACUUUUUUUUUUUUUUUUCCAGUACUGGGGAUCGAACUUGGGACCUCCACUUUUGAAAUACAGGGAACUCCCAUUGGAAAGAAACCCUGUGUAGAAAAUGUGAGAAAGCAUUUUGUGUUUCCCAUAACCUCAGAAAAUAUGAACAAACAGCAUAAAUAUGAAAUGUGAGAAAAGUCAUUUUUACAUGACUUUAUGCAAACACAAUAUUGUAUUAUGGAGAAACAUCAGUGUAUAUUUUAUGGGGACACCUCUAGUCAUUUUGAUGUUAAUAUUUUAAAAGAACACUUUUGGGAGAACAUCAAUAUAAGGAAUGUACACAAGUCUUAAGUUGUCCUACAUAUAAGAAAGCAAAUUGGAUCAAAUUCGUGUGAAUGUAUAAAAAUCUCAGUAAUAACUCACUUUUUAAACAUUCUUUGAACAUUUCUUAUGUAGUACAAAGUAAGUAUGCAAGUAAUAUGAAAAUGUCGUAGUAAUUAUUUCCAUGUAGAAUGCUCCAGAAAAUAUACAACCAGAUCAGUUACUCUAAAAUAUAAAUGUAGUGUGGUCAUCUGUAAUUCACUUUUAAAGUAGAUCUCUGGGUUACAUGUUUGUAAAUUUACUUUCAGGAACAAAUAUGCUGACAGUUCUUUUUGUGGAAGUAAUAAUGCUGGAGUUUAAUAUUGUAUUUAAAUCAAAUUAGGUGAUAUUUAUUUUACAUCAUGACAGAUGUACAGGUAUAUUAAAAUGUAUUAUAUGUUUAA